UUUCGACUCGGCUUGGGUUUCUCUCGUAGCUGAUCGUCGUUGUUCUUUCUUCAUCCCCUCCGGCAGGUGAAUGCCAAUCAUCGGAACGUCUCGAGCGUCUGUGAGGAAAGAGUCGGGAAUUUAAGCAAAUGGAGGAACGGAGCGUCGGAGAAGUGCUCUACGAGGAACGACGUCACGCCUCCGGGCCAUAUUCUUCUCAUUACCCUCCUCUCCCUUCCAAGAGUAAUGAUGGCGGAAGCGGCGGCUUCCUCUCGUUUCUUUCAGUUCGAGGUAUAAGCCAACUCAAAGAGAAGUGGAGAGGCCAGAGUAAUCAAGCAAAUGCUACGAAGCCUGUCUCCUUGUUUAUCUCCCCAAGGGGUGAACAUGUUGCUGUUGCUACUGGGAGUCAGAUAACAAUCUUGCAAAAGGAGGACGAUUACCAAGAGCCAUCCGGUCUUUUUACGAGUGGCAGCUCUUGUUUAUAUACUUGUGGAACGUGGUCAGAACCACACAAUGUACUUGGUGUUGUUGACAACAUGGAUAGUCUGUAUUUCAUCAAAGCAAGUGGUGUACAGAUAGCUCAAUUUACUAAGAGGCAACUCAGAAUCUCAUCGCCUGUAAUUGGUCUGAUUCCUCAGGAUGGUGGUGAUGGUCUUGGAUCUUGUCUAUGUAGUUUCAUAGUCGUUACGUCAGAUGGACUUCUUCAUCAUGUUGAUGUUGGUAGAGAGCCUAGCAGUAGCUGUGUGUCAAAUAGCAGUUCAGCAGCUAAACCGCAGUUCCCUAAGGAUGUUUUCUGCUUUCAGUAUGCUUCAGAGAAUUCUCUGCUUCUCAUGGUUGGUGGCGUUGGCAGUGGCUCUGUAACCUCUGGUAAAAAACCUGGAUGCCACCUUUCCAUUUGGCGUCGAUGUCAGAACUUGAAUCUUGAACAGUUGUCAAAUGUUCAGUUUGAAGGCCAGUAUUACAGACUGCAAGAUGGCAUUAAGUUUCUGGCAUAUCCCAAGGUACUAAUGUCUCCAGAAAGCCAAUUUGUCUCUACUCUGGAUGCAACAGGACAUUUGCAUGUUUUUAGGGUUGAUAAAGAAAGCUGGGCACUUUUCAGCUUCGAAAACAUGGAGAGAUCAAAUUCAUCUUCUGCUAAUAACCUAUCGACUGAGCAGAAUGGUUACUUGAAUGACAUCGUGGAUUUUACUUGGUGGUCAAACUGCAUCAUGACUGUUAUUAAAAGGGGUGGAAUUGUUAUGAUGCUUGAUAUGCUCAGCGGCUCAAAAGUCCUGGAACAUGAUCUGGCAUACUCCAUGCCCAUUGUGGACAGAGCACAGGAAGUACAGGGGUCGAUAUUUCUUUUGGAGAGCAAAUCUUCUGAUCACAGAAAAAUUCCAUCUGACCACAUUGGACAAUUAAGUGACCCACAAGACAUGGAGGAAAAAACAGAAGACAGUUUUGAUCAAUUUGAUGUUUCCCAGAUGUCUUGGAGUCUGAUGUCACUUUCUCAGAAAUCUGUUCAUGAAAUGUACAGUAUCUUAAUUGGAAAUGGUAAAUACCAGUCAGCAUUGGAUUUUGCCAAUCGUUAUGGAUUACAGAAAGAUGAAGUGUUCAAAUCACAAUGGCUGCAAUCUCCUAAAGGAAUCAAAGAUAUAAAUAUGUAUUUGACUAAAAUCAAGGACCUUAGUUUUGUUCUUUCUGAAUGUGGGGAAAAAAUAGGACCGACAGAGGAUGAUAUGAAAGCUCUACUUUUGCACGGUAUUGGUGUAUCUAAUCAGUUUCGUUUUUCUGAAGAAGAAAAUUAUGAUAGCCAUAUAUGGGAUUUUCGAAUCGCCAGGCUUCAGUUACUUCAAUUCAGAGACAGGCUGGAAACGUAUCUUGGCAUUAACAUGGGCAGGUUUUCUGUGCAGGAGUACUGCAAAUUUCGUGCCACUCCUCUUGAGGAAGUUGCUGUAACCCUUGCUGAAAGUGGAAAAAUUGGGGCUCUCAAUCUCCUCUUCAAACGGCAUCCCUAUUCCCUGUCCCCCUUUAUGUUACAAGUACUAGCUGCAAUUCCUGAGACUACCCCUGUUCAAACAUAUGGACAACUUCUUCCUGGGAAGUCUCUUCCUAUCAGUAUAGCUCUCAGGGAAGAAGACUGGGUUGAGUGCGAGGCAAUGGUACGAUUUAUCAACCGGUUAUCUGAUAGCCAUGAGAUGGGAAUCCAGAUCAGGACUGAAUCUAUUGUAAAGCGCUGCAAUGGACACCUUUGGCCAUCUACUGAAGAACUCUCUAUAUGGUACAAAAAUAGAGCAAGAGAUAUUGAUUACUACACUGGUCAGUUGGAGAAUUGCCUUUGCCUGCUUGACUUUGCAUGUCAAAAGGGUAUCACUGAGUUAGAGCAGUUUCGUCAGGAUAUUUCUUACUUAUGUCGGCUUAUUUAUUCUGAUGAGAGUGACAGUGGUAUGUGCUUUGAUAUGACUCUUGCUGCAUGGGAAGAAUUGUCUGAUUAUGAGAAAUUUAGAAUGAUGCUAAAGGACGUCAAAGUUGAAAAUGUGGUCAAAAGGUUAAAUGACAAAGGAAUUCCUUUUAUGUCAAGUAAAAUUGCUGAUGUUAGCUCUGCCAAUAAAGAUAAGCUUACAGACCACCAGUCUUCCUUACAUGAGGAAGAUACGUCUUUCUUGAUAAGAUGGCUAAAAGAGAUGGCUGUGGAGAAUAAAUUGGACAUUUGCCUGAAGGUGAUUGAAGAAGGGUGCAAGGAUUUGCGGAGUACUGGUUUCUUUAAAGAUGAGACUGAAGUCAUGGAAUGUGCUCUUCAAUGCAUAUAUUUGUGCACAGUUACGGACAGAUGGAGUACCAUGAGUGCUAUAUUGUCAAAGCUUCCGCAGAAGCAAGAUGCCAGGGCACCAAACGAAAGCCUGGAGAAGAGACUCAAACUUGCAGAAGGUCAUAUGGAAGCUGGGAGGCUAUUAUCGUUUUACCAGGUCCCGCAGCAAAUGAGCUUUUUCCUUGAGGCGCAUGUAGAUGAAAAAGAGGUUAAACAAAUUAUCCGUCGCAUUCUCUCAAAAUUUGCUCGUCGCCAUCCAAGCCGUUCAGAUAAUGAUUGGGCAAACAUGUGGCGCGAUAUGCAAUCCUUGCAAGAUAAGGCUUUCCCUUUUCUCGACUCAGAGUAUAUGUUAAUGGAAUUCUUCAGAGGCUUGUUGAAAGCUGGGAAGUUUUCUCUUGCUAGAAGCUAUCUGAAGGGAACAAGUUCAGUGUCCUUGGCAUCAGAAAAAGCCGAAUAUCUUGUUAUUCAAGCUGCGCGGGAGUACUUAUACUCGGCUCCAAGUUUGUCUUCUCCUGAAAUCAAGGAGGCAAAGGACUGCCUCAGUCUAUUACCUAGCAGUAGGAAUGUCCAAGCAGAGGCUGACAUAAUACUUGCGCUCACUGUUAAACUGCCAUACCUUGGAGUUACUCUUUUGCCUAUGCAAUACAGGCAAAUAAAAGACCCAAUGGAGAUAAUCAAAAUGGCUAUUGCUGGUCAAAAUGGAGCAUACAUACAUGUUGAUGAAGUUAUAGAGGUUGCCAAACUUCUGGGAUUAAGCUCUCCAUAUGACAUAUCAGCAGUGGAGGAAGCAAUCGCUAGAGAAGCUGCUGUGGCCGAUGAUCUACAAUUGGCAUUUGACCUCUGCCUUGUUUUAUCUAGAAAAGGACAUGGGCCUGUUUGGGAUUUGUGUGCUACAAUAGCAAGGGGUCCCGCGCUUGAAAAUAUGGAUAUAAGCUCCAGAAAGCAGCUGAUAGGUUUUGCUUUGAGUCAUUGUGACGAGGAAUCUAUAAUGGAGCUUCUUCAUGCAUGGAAGGACCUUGAUAUGCAAGGGCAAUGUGAGGCUUUGCUGAACUCGUCUGAUUCUUUUGGUGUCUCUGAUUCAUUGAACAGAAGACUUCCUUUCUUUGGUUCUCCAGAUACUGUCAAUCAUCUCAGAGGUUUCUCAGAAGCCACUGAAGAUAUGAGCAGUGGGGAUCGAGAAGCCCAUUUGAGGAAUACAACAAACACACUUCUUUCAGUUGCUAAACACGGCCUUGCCGAGGAGGGAGCAGAAUUGGAGUCUUUCUUGAAGGACAAUGGAAGACUAUUUUCUUUUGCCUCUUCUCAACUUCCAUGGUUGCUUGAAUUGAGUUGCAAAGCUGAAUACUCUAAGAACUCGAGUUCUGGAUUUGCUCCUGGAAAGCAGUUUGUAAGCAUAAGAACCCAAGCAUUAGUAACUGUUCUGUCCUGGCUGGCAAGAAAUGGGUUUUCACCCAAUGAUAGUAUAAUUGCCUCCGUGGCAAAGUCGGUCAUAGAACCACCUGUCACAGAAGAGGAAGACGUGAUGGGUUGUUCUUUCUUGUUGAAUCUUGUCGACGCCUUCAGUGGGGUCGAAGUAAUAGAAGAGCAACUUCGCCUCAGGGAGAAUUACAAUGAAAUUCACAGCAUCAUGAAUGUUGGGAUGACGUACAGUGCAUUACACAGUUUUGGAGUUGAGUGCAAAGAUCCUGCUCAGAGGAGGGAAUUACUUCUGACAAAGUUCAAAGAGAAGCAUGCACCACUUAGUUCUGAUGAAAUAAACAAGAUGGACAAAGUACAGUCCACUUUCUGGAGGGAAUGGAAGCUCAAAUUGGAAGAAAAGAAGCGAAUUGCUGAAAAUUCCAGAGUGCUAGAGCAAGUCAUUCCUGGUGUUGAUACUGCUCGAUUUCUCUCAGGUGACUCGAGCUACAUUCGCCAUUCUGUUUUUUAUCUGAUUGAAUCAGUGAAGCUAGUAAGGAAGCACAUUAUCAAAGAUGUAUUAAAGUUGGCGGACACUUAUGGGUUGAAUCAAAGUGAGGUGCUUGGGUAUUAUCUCAGUUGUAUUCUUGUUUCUGAGGCUUGGACGAAUGAUGAUAUCAUGAUUGAAAUUUCAGAAUUUAAAGGUGAAAUUAUCCGUUCUGCUGGUGAAACCAUCAAAACUGUUUCAUCAGUUGUUUUUCCUGCAAUUGAUGGUCAUAACAAGAGUCGUCUGUCCUUCAUAUAUGCCCUUCUAUCUGACUGCUACUUUCAUCUGGGGCAAACCGAAGGACCAUCACCAUUCCCAUCACCUUUAUCCAACUUCCAGUUGGCUGAGUGUUACAAGGUCAUUGGGAAAGAGUGUCAAAGAGUUUCUUUUAUACAGAAUCUAGACUUCAAAAAUGUUGCUGGAUUAGGAGGUUUGAAUUUGCAGUAUUUCCGGGAUGAAGUAUUCGCCAAUAUUGAUGAUGAACGUAGCUUAGAAGCCUUGGCAGAAAUGGUGAAGAAUCUUGUCGGUAUCCAUUCUGCUCCAGUGCCACAAGGCAUGAUUGUGUGGCAGGAUGUAUACAAACGAUAUGUUCAGAAAUUGUUCACAGAGCUGGAAAGUAGAGCCAAGACAGAAUUUAAUGUCGGAAGCUCUGAAAAGUUUCAGGAGUUCGUUGGUCAACUAGAGGGAACGUAUGGUUAUUGUGGACAAUUUAUUGGCCAUUUGUUGACAUCAGAUGCUAUGGAUGUCAUGAAGCGGUGCUUCUCAAUGAUUCUACUUCUACCUGGUGCUUUUGGGUGUAUUCCUGAUAAUUCAAUGUGGCAGGAGUGCCUUAUCGACCUCUUAAACUUCUGGUUCAGGUUGUCUGAAGCAAUGAGUGAAAUCAUAUCACGUGAGAGUUCAGUGGAAAAAUCGAGCUUCUUCGAUCCUGUGUGCCUAAGAAACUGUGUGGAAUUAUUUGUGAGAUUUGUGUCGGAGGAUAAUGUAUCGCCAAGUCAGGCCUGGGGGACCAUCAUAGGCUAUGUAAAUCAUGGCUUAAUUGGUGAUUGCAUAGUCGAGGCUGAGGCCUUUUGCAGAGCGAUGGUAUUUUCUGGUUGCAGUUAUGGACCUGUGUCAGAAAUGUUCUCGGAGAUGACAUCACAUAGUGCUGCUGUCAGUUCAACUGUUGAAACUAAUCUUUCUCAGCUCUACGCAAGCAUGCUGGACCCAAUUUUAAGGGACUUGGUUAAUGAAGGAACCCUUGGAAGCAAGGAUCUGUAUAACCUACUCUCUUCCCUGAGUAAGAUGGAAGGUAAUAAGGUGGAGGAUCUGCAGCAGCAGGUUAGGCGCGUGGUUUGGGAAAGAUUGGCCCGAUUCUGUGAUGAUUUGCAGCUGCCAAACAACAUCCGAGUCUACGCCUUGGAGAUUAUGCAGUUCAUUGCAGGUGGAAGUCGCACUUUCUCUGCUGAGCUGCAGUCUAAUAUCUUGCCAUGGGAAGGCUGGCAUGAGUUGCUCUCUACAAAUAAUGCCUCUACAGGAAGCAGUGGAUUGAAGCUUGACCGAGCAGAUAAUUCCAACCGGUUUACAAGCACUCUGGUCGCCUUGAAAUCAUCCCAGCUCGUUGCAGCCAUCUCUAUCAACAUGGAAAUCUCCCCUGAAGACCUUUCCAACACCGAAACAGCUGUCUCUUGCUUUUCAAAGCUGUGUGAGCUCUCCUCCACGGAUCAUCAUUUGGAUGUGCUGUGUGCUGUUCUGGAAGAGUGGGACGGGCUUUUUGCAACUACUAUAAGCGAACCAGGUGAUUCAACUGUAGACGCUGCUGAAGCAGCAGGAAACGACUGGAACAAUGACGAUUGGGAUGAAGGGUGGGAAAGCUUUCAGGAAACAGAUGAUACUAAUAUCCCAAAAGAGAAGAAGGUAAAGGUCGUUGGUGGUGGUCAUCAGCAUCUGCAUCCUUUGCAUGGAUGUUGGAUGCAGCUCUUCAGAAAGAUGGUUGAGCUAUCCCGGGUCAGCAAAGUCCUAGCACUGAUGGAUCAAUCACUGUCGAAACCCAAAGGAACAUUGAUCGAUGAAACUGAGGCCAGGAGCUUGCGUGAUUUCGUAGUUGACCCCUUUGUGGCUUUGAAAAUCAUGCUGCUGCUGCCGUAUGAAGCUCUGUGGUUUCACUGUUUGGACAUAGUUGAGGAGAAGCUGAAAACACAAGGGUGGAACCAGGACACAGUUGCUGGGGACCAUGAGCUCUUGACUCUCGUGCUAUCCUCUGGCAUCGUCGUAGCUGCCAUUUUCACCAAGAACUCAUAUGGCACUACUUUCUCUUACCUCUGCUAUUUGGUCGGGAACUUCUCUCGUCAAUGUCAGGAAUCCCAGUUGUCCAAGCUGACAGAGAAGGACACGGCAUCGUUUCUCUUUGCGAGGUUUUUGUUCCCCAGCUUUAUAUCGGAACUCGUGAAGGCCGAUCAGCACGUCUUGGCAGGGUUCCUCGUCAUGAAGUUCAUGCACACGAACCCGUCUGUUAGUGUAAUCAACUUGGCGGAAGCCAGUCUGCGGCGAUAUUUGGAAGGGCGGCAUCGUGCUCUCCGAGAAAAGGAAUUAGGCCCUGAAGAAUUGAGUUCGUGCGGGAUAUUGAAGAACACAGUGGUCGGAUUGAGAGAAAUGUUGGUCGAUUCGAUCCCAUCUGUGCUUUCUACCGGCCUGAGAUGAACCAGUUUUGCAAGUGGCUUACGUCCAAUCGCAGCAAGUUUAUAGCUUUAACCACUAGCUCGUAGCCACCUCGGCCAACAGAAACGUCAGAGCUACCAUACCAAAACAGAAAGUGAAACCUUUGCUUUCUCCAACAAUGGAAAGGCUACCGGCUGAUCUGUGCCUGAAGAUCUUCUGCUGCUUGGAUCACCACAAUCUUGCUUCCGCCCAACAAGUUUGCAAGAAAUGGAAGGCAAUUGGAUCUGACGAGAAUCUAUGGUCCAACCUCUUCAAGCAUAGAUGGGGAACCGAUCGUGCCACAUUUUAUGCCCCUGUUGAUUCCAAAUCCUGGAAAGAUGUUUAUGCUGUGCAAGAUCGAUCCGAUCGAGUUGGACUGGGGCUGAAGAUAAUCAGAGAAGGAGGUGACUAUUAUCUUGUUCAUCAAGGCGAAAUUCAACGCUAUCUGGGUUCUCCCAGACACAGAAAAGGGCCAAAGGCUGCUGCUUCAGACGACCAAGUAGAAGAAUCGUCAUCGUGCGGCAGGGCGGCCGAAUCCUGCUGCACUGGCAGUGGGAUUCUGGACAGGAUACUGUUCUUCAUUGGAGACCUGGAAGUUGCUUCUGCAGAUGCCAAACGUGCUCGCCUGAUAUGAAUCAUUGCUUCCUAGAUAUGUAUAUGCAGAAAGCUCACAUGUUCCUGCAGCAUCAUUCAACUCAUUGCUCUGUGGAUAACAUAACAGCAAGAUCAAAGCUAGUUUAUUUCGAUUCGUUAUGUAACAUUCGUCGUAUUGUAUAAUAGUUGCAAAGGAAAUGUGUAACAAUGUCAAUAAUUCUUUCCAUUUACUGAUCAAGUGAUGCAAAAUUCUGUUGUAAUUGUAAAGCCAUAAAAACUGCUGUGGAAGGCAAUAUAGUACUACUGCUGUGUUCCUAUUCUGUUGUCACAUGGAAGAUUGCAGUUGAAGGGUAAUGCAUCAUCUCAUUACAUGGUGAAUUGUGGAUGGAGAAGUUCUGUGAGGGAACAUUCUUGUGAUUCUCAUAUUUGAUCAUCAGCAUGUAAUUCAAUCGGGC